GCCACCGACAGUGGAAGGAGUGAAUCGUCUCGAACGCCCGACUCUGUCAAUUUUAUCGAACGUAACCGCGCGACACUUGCGACGGUCUUUAUUGAAGUUUCGUGGAAAUAGCCUCUUUGUCAGGACCCCAAUAUAUAAAGAGUACGGUUUACCCCAGUAGAGUUGUAUAGUCAGACGAGGAAGGGAAGAUUGCUACGCUUCUUCGACUGUGAAAAUAAACAAAAGAAUGGCGAAAGGAAAAGGCCUGCCAUCAACGCUACGAAAGCAUCUGAAAUCGAAAGUUCCCAAAAAGAAGCAUCAUUGGUCCUGGAAAAGGAAGGUUCAGGAAAAGGAAAAGGAAACAAAAUGGUUCGAAGCAGUGUUAGCCGAGACGAGGGCAGAACUGAACCACAUGGAAGGGGCCGAACAGAAAGCGAAGACAAGGCUGAGAAAGCUUGAGCGAAAAAAUUCAGAAAUCAAGAAAGGCAAUCGUCUAGCAGCAAUGAACAUUGCUCGGAUCCAGCUUUGCAUCGAUGCUGUCCUUGAUCUGUUGGAUGAUUAAAUGAAGUACAUUGCUGGGGUUUGCGCAACAGCCGUCCAUUGGAUCCAUCCUUUUGCGUAUUUUAAUCCUUUGCUUUAGCCUAUUUCUUGCUUUGUAUAUCAUCUUUUAACAAAUUUUUAUGUUAUUUUCAGUAGUAGUACUGUUAUUUUAUGUUAUAAUCCGCCAAUUUUCAAUUUCAUAUUUUUAUCAAACUUUAAUUAUAUCACUAUUAAAUUAUUCUACCACAUCGGCUUAGCACCAUAUAGCAAAUUAUAAAACAGAACGUU